CAAAAUCACUUGCCAAACACCACCCUCACAUUUGCUUUACUUUAAGAUGUGAUUCUUGAAAUCAUAUUUGGCAAUUGAGAGAGAGAGAGAGAGAGAGAAGAUGAAGCUAAAAAUCUACGCCGAUCGAUUGUCGCAGCCAUCUCGUGCAGUUCUCAUCUUCUGCAAGUUGAAUGGAAUUGACUUUGAGGAGAUCACAGUAGAUUUUGUUAAACGUCAAACCCAAUCUCCUGAAUUUAAAGAAAUAAACCCUAUGGCAGAAGUGCCGGCAAUAAUGCAUGGAGAUUUUAAGCUGUUCGAGAGUCAUGCAAUUCUCAGAUAUCUUGCUUGUGCAUUUCCUGGAGUUGCAGAUCAUUGGUAUCCAACUGAUCUCAUCAAAAGAGCUAAGAUUGACUCAGUGCUGGAUUGGCAUCACUCCAAUCUACGCCGUGGUGAAGUUACACUGGUUCAAAAUACUGCACUUGCGACUAUACUUGGCCGUCAACCAGGUCCACAUGUAGUUCCCGAAGCUGAGAAGCUUUUGUCUGCAUCUCUCGAAAAGAUUGAGACAUUUUGGCUUAAGGAAAAUGGGCAGUUUUUGCUGGGAAACUCCCAACCAUCUAUAGCAGAUCUCAGCUUGGUCUGUGAAAUUAUGCAACUAGAGGUUAUGGAAGAGGAGGAUCGCAAUCGAAUAUUAGGCCCACACAAGAAAGUUCAGCAGUGGAUCGAAGAUACAAAGCUUGCAACAAGACCUCAUUUUGAGGAAAUUCAUGGAGUCCUCUAUCAAGUCAAAGCAAAGCUACAAAAGCAGCGGUUGUUGGGAGCAAAUACUGAGACCUAGUCUGGCUUAUAAAAUGCAUUGCAGUCCAAGGGGUGAAAACACUCUUACUAAUAUAUGUUAUAAAUCUGUAAUAUUCCCUUUGAGUGCCCUUGUCGCAUUGUGAUAUCUAAAUAAGGGCAGGCACAAACAUAAACACUGAUGUGCUUAGAACUUAUACUCUGUUGUGAGAUUUGUAAUAGUACCUCUCAGGGUUGAAUCAACAUGCUAUCAAUAAUGUGAUUUGUGGAAAAUUUGUGUAUCUCUAUGAAAGUCCCCCAACCCCAAGUACAGGA